UUAAAAUGGCGGCGUUGACUAACGCCGAGUCCCCACCGCCCGUCUUCAACGGUGACACGAUGGACCGAGACCCGGAGCGGGAGCGGGGACUGGAGGAGCUGGGAGCCUGCCUCGACCCAGCCUGUUCGGUGGGGAUCCCGGAAUGUCCGCAGGACGAGGAGAUCUGGAAUAUCAAACAGAUGAUCAAGCUGACACAGGAGCACUUAGAGGCACUACUGGACAAGUUUGGAGGAGAAUGUAACCCUCCGUCCAUAUAUCUGGAGGCCUAUGAGGAGUACACCAGUAAACUGGAUGCUCUACAGCAGAGGGAGCAGCAGCUCCUGGAGGCUAUGGGAAACGGGACAGACUUCUACUCCUCCUCUCCUACGCCCCCCUCCCUCCUGGAUGGGGGUUUGAGCUGUUCUGGGGGCACUCAGUUCCUUCUCCCCUCCGCCCCCAACACCCUGGCUGUCCUUCAGACCCCUACAGACGGACGGGCCAAUCCCCGCUCCCCUCAGAAACCCAUCGUCAGGGUGUUCCUGCCCAACAAACAGCGGACCGUGGUCCCAGCCCGCUGUGGCAUGACAGUCAGAGACUCUCUGAAGAAGGCUUUAAUGAUGAGGGGACUAAUCCCUGAGUGCUGUGCUGUCUACAGGAUACAGGACGGAGAGAAGAAGCCUCUUGGCUGGGACACAGACAUCUCCUGGCUGACGGGGGAGGAGCUACACGUGGAAGUGCUGGAGAACGUCCCUCUGACCACACACAACUUUGUGAGGAAGACGUUUUUUACGUUGGCCUUCUGCGAUUUUUGCCGGAAGCUUCUGUUCCAGGGUUUCCGAUGUCAGACGUGUGGCUAUAAGUUCCACCAGCGUUGCAGCACAGAGGUGCCGCUCAUGUGUGUCAACUACGACCAGCUAGAUUUGUUGCUGGUGUCCAAGUUCUUUGAGCACCACCCCAUCACCCAGGAGGAGGUGUCAUCAGAGGGCACCACCCCCGUGUCCGAGGCUUACCCGUCACUGCCCCCGUCCGACUCCACCGGGUCCCUGUGCCACGCCAGUGUGUCCCCGUCCAAGUCCAUCCCUAUCCCCCAGAAUUUCAGGCCCGGAGAAGAGGACCACAGGAACCAGUUUGGACAGAGAGAUCGCUCGUCCUCCGCUCCCAACGUCCACAUCAACACCAUCGAACCCGUCAACAUAGACGACUUGAUUCGAGACCAAGGUUUACAGAGGUCAGACGGAGGGUCGACUGCAGGGCUGUCGGCCACGCCCCCGGCCUCGCUGCCUGGCUCAUUGACCAAUGUGAAGGCUCCUCAGAAGUCUCCGUGUCCACAGAGAGAGAGGAAGUCAUCGUCCUCGUCUGACGACCGCAAUAAGAUGAAAACCCUGGGCAGACGGGACUCGAGUGACGACUGGGAGAUCCCAGAAGGUCAGAUCACCCUGGGUCAGAGGAUAGGAUCUGGAUCCUUUGGAACGGUCUUCAAGGGCAAGUGGCACGGCGACGUGGCGGUGAAGAUGUUAAACGUUACAGCUCCCACCCCACAGCAGCUACAGGCCUUUAAGAACGAAGUGGGAGUCCUCCGGAAGACGCGUCACGUCAACAUCCUGCUGUUCAUGGGUUACACCACCAAGCCUCAGCUGGCCAUCGUGACCCAGUGGUGUGAGGGCUCCUCCCUCUACCACCAUCUGCACAUCAUAGAGACCAAGUUUGAGAUGAUCAAGCUCAUAGACAUCGCCCGGCAGACCGCACAGGGCAUGGAUUAUCUGCACGCCAAGUCCAUCAUCCAUAGAGACCUGAAGAGCAACAACAUCUUCUUACACGAGGACCUGACCGUGAAGAUAGGAGACUUCGGCCUGGCCACAGUGAAGUCACGCUGGAGCGGCUCCCACCAGUUUGAACAGCUCUCUGGCUCCAUCCUGUGGAUGGCCCCAGAAGUGAUCCGUCUGCAAGAUAAGAACCCUUACAGCUUCCAGUCUGACGUUUACGCCUUCGGGAUCGUUCUCUAUGAGUUGAUGUCUGGGGCCUUGCCCUACUCCAACAUCAAUAACAGAGACCAGAUAAUCUUCAUGGUGGGUCGGGGCUACCUGUCUCCUGACCUCAGUAAGGUGCGCUCCAACUGUCCUAAAGCCAUGAGGAGGCUGAUGGCUGACUGUAUGAAGAAGAAGAGAGAGGAACGACCCCUAUUCCCUCAGAUCCUGGCGUCCAUUGAGCUUCUGGCGCGUUCUUUACCCAAGAUCCACCGCUCCGCGUCGGAACCCUCACUGAACCGAGCCGGGUUCCAGACGGAGGACUUCAGCCUGUACGCCUGUGCCUCCCCCAAAACCCCUAUCCAGGGGGGAUACGGGGAGUUUUCAGCAUUUAAAUAAGCUGCUGAGCCAGAUCCCGCCAGUCCAUCCCUCGUCACUCUUCAACAAGUCUUGUGUUCCUGCGGUGGGUUACUUCAUCCAUUAACCAAAAACCAACAUACUAGUCUCAAAAGAACGUGCUGUUUUCUACUUUCCACACCACGAAGAGACGGACAAGACGGCCUCUUCCUCUCUCCGCUCCACGUCUCAGGAGUUCUACAGAUGAUGUCUCCGCGGGGGAAUCACCACAUCGGAAGAAAAACGACCAAAAUCUGAUUUAAAUAAAAAGCCGACGUAUCCCACAAGCCCCCUCCAACUGAGACCUUCAUCCUUCUGGGAGAUGAUUGUUGUCAUCUGUAUAUAGCUGUAUAAAGGAGACACUGGCCGUUUUAAAUAGGAGGCAUGGUGACUCUCAACAUGGAAUGAGAUAUAUAAAAUGAUUAAAAUGAAGAAAUAAAGGGUUAAAAAGACAUUUUGAUAGAAUGACAUUCUGAGAAAAAAAUGUUGUGUAAAAAAAUUAAAAAUAAUUUAAGAACUGUAUUAUAUUAAAGAUGAAAGAGCUUAAUGUAUUUGUUGUGAAUAUGAAAAACAGAUAUAUUAAAGAAGUGCAUGAAAACGGU